AUGUUGGAACUCGACACUUGUAUUGGCCUGAGUCCCGAAAAUGAGCUCAUUGCUCUUACAUAUGUCACUGAUAGUAAAGUUGGCAAGAAUACUACCGCGUUGAAAUUUGUCAAGAGCUCCUUUAUCAAAUCCAUUGCUAUCACCAACAGAAAACAAUCCUCCAAAGUCACCACCAAGAAUGGUCCCAAACAAGACCCGAAUACCCGAUUCGGUUCAUUUGAGUUUACGCCUUCAUUAGUGAAUACUUCUGAGCUGAAUGCCAAACUGAGAAAAUCGGAGCCCUCCUACAGGCGGAAGUUUUUGCUGGACAAAGCUCUGGAGUCAAGGUCCCACAUCUCCAAAGAGGGCCGUGCAGUAUUUGAGAGGCUCUUCAAGUUGUUGCCGGAAGGAGCAGUUAAAUGGAGCAAAGAUGAUAUUGUAAUCUUUGACGACCAUUUGAAGAUUUCGAAGCCAUACCGUUCCUCGGAUUGCAAGCUCUGCAACGGCAAAGAAGACUCCACCGAUUCUCAGAUGGUGUAUGUGCGCCAGAUCGUGGCAGGGGAGUGGAUUUCUUUCGAUUCCGAGAGAAAAGGUGGCUGA